CUCGGUGCGAUGCGAGGUGAGCUCCCGUCUGCGAGGGAAUGAGGAAGCAUAAUACAGAAAGACUGUUUCUGAACGCUUGGACCUUGCAUUAGCGUGGGGCUGUGUUCACAGGUGCAAGGCAUGCACCCAAAAUGUUUGCUGCAAGUACUUUGAAGGGGACUUUAUUUCUCAGCACGGCUCAAACUGUGUAGCUGCCUGGCAGCGUCUGCCUCAAAUAUCUCAGCUCCAGGAGUAGGGGACUGCCUCCCUGCUUGUGCACGGAGCAGGCGGGAAGGCGAUCUGCGCCAAAGGUGGCGGAGCAAGCCUGGGGGGAGCUGGCAGUUUUGGAGAGGAUACUGUGGCUGAAAAGCUUUACUGAGGCCAGACCUGAGGCGGGAGGUGAAUCUGGGAAUGAAGCUGUCUGACGGAGACCUUGUGCAGCGGGAGGACUGGGGGCACGCUCCGAUCUCCCAGCGGUACGCCUGCGUUGCUAGGCAGCAGCUUGCACCUAGAGCUUACUCCAGAUCCAACUGUCAAAGAAAGUGAAAGAUGAAGCCUCUUGUUCUCUUGGUUCUUGUGAUCUGUACUGUAGUCAGCAUGAAUUUGAAGCUCGUGUCGAAGAGAAAUUCUGUUGAUGGUUGCAUUGACUGGUCAGUGGAUCUCAAGACAUACAUGGCUUUGGCAGGUGAACCAGUCCGAGUGAAAUGUGCCCUUUUCUACAGCUAUAUCAGAACUAAUUAUAGCAUGGCCCAAAGCACAGGUCUUAGGCUUAUGUGGUACAAAAACAAAGGAGAUUUAGAAGAACCCAUUAUAUUUUCUGAAGUUAGGAUGAGCAAGGAUGAAGAUUCAAUAUGGUUUCACUCGGUUGAGUUGCAAGACAGUGGUUUCUACACGUGUGUCCUAAGAAACUCAACCUAUUGCAUGAAGGUGUCCAUGUCCUUGACAGUAGCUGAGAAUGAAACUGGGCUUUGCUACAACAGCAAGAUCAGAUAUCUGGAAAAAUCAGAAGUCACUAAGAGAAAGACCAUCCCCUGUCCUGAUAUUGAGGAUUACAAAACAGCCAGCCAAGAGCCGGACGUGGUAUGGUACAAGGAAUGUAAGCCAAAAAUGUGGAGAAGCAUUGUAAUUCAAAAGGGAAAUACUCUCUUAAUACAAGAGGUCCAGGAAGAAGAUGGAGGAAAUUAUACCUGUGAACUGAAGUUUGAAGGGAAGCUUAUACGAAGAACAACGGAACUGAAGGUCACUGCUUUGCUCACAGACAAACCUCCAAAGCCAUUGUUCCCCAUGGAGAACCAGCCAACUGUUAUAGAUGUCCAGCUGGGCAACCCGCUGACCGUGGCCUGCAAAGCGUUCUUCGGAUUCAGUGGAGAAUCAGGCCCCAUGAUCUACUGGAUGAAAGGGGAAAAAUUCAUUGAAGAAUUAGAAGGUCACAUUAGAGAAGGCGAAGUCAGACUCCUCAGAGAACAUCUUGGAGAAAAGGAAGUUGAAUUGACAUUGAUCUUUGAUGCUGUGGAAGAGGCAGAUCUGGCUAACUAUACGUGCCACGUGGAAAACAGGAAUGGACGGAAGCAUGCCAGUGUUCUUCUGCGCAAGAAAGAUUUGAUUUACAAAAUAGAGCUUGCUGGAGGAUUGGGAGCCAUCCUUCUUCUGCUUAUUUUGCUCGUGACCAUCUAUAAGUGCUACAACAUAGAGCUGAUGCUGUUCUACCGGCAGAACUUCGGAGGAGACGAAGCGACGGAUGACAACAAGGAAUAUGAUGCAUAUCUUUCAUACACCAAAGUGGAUCCUGAUGCUUUAGACUGUGUUAAUAACGACGAGGAGCAGUUUGCGCUUGAAAUUCUGCCCGAUGUUCUGGAAAAGCACUACGGAUAUAAGCUCUUCAUUCCGGAUAGGGACCUGAUUCCUAGCGGAACCUACAUUGAAGAUCUCACAAGAUGUGUUGAGCAAAGCAGAAGACUCAUUAUCGUGUUAACUCCAGACUAUGUUCUCAGGAGAGGAUGGAGUAUUUUUGAGAUGGAAAACAGACUCCAUAACAUGCUAGUCAGUGGAGAAAUCAAAGUUAUUUUGAUUGAGUGUACUGAAUUAAAAGGGAAAGUGAAUUAUCACGAAGUGGAAUCUUUAAAGCACACCAUCAAACUUCUCUCAGUGGUCAAGUGGAAAGGACCAAAAAGCAGCAAACUGAAUUCUAAGUUUUGGAAGCGCCUAGUCUUUGAAAUGCCAGGGAAGAAAAAGGAGGUGGUGUCUCGGCGUCAGGUCCUGGAUUCUGCAGAACAGGGCCUUUUUGGAGACCUCCAGACUGUACCCUCUCUUGCUGUCACAGGCACUUCUGCCACGUUGGUAGAAUCGCGAUCUGAUUUAACUGAUUACCAUCAAGCAGAUUCUGUGCAAAUGAGGCAUUAUUGCAGAGGAUACGAAUACGAUGUGUCAGCAGCAACAUUGCCAGUAGCUUCCAUAAGUAACCAUCACACAUACUGUAACAUACCUUUGACACUACUAAAUGGACAGCUACCUCUUAACAGUACCGUGAAGGAUCCCCAAGAGUUUCACAGGAACAACCCGUUGCUACCUUUAUCAGCACAGGAGCUUAGCUUCACCAGCGAUAUUUGGUAGUGAAGAUCAGAACUCAUGACCACCGUGAAGACACGUUUUUAGAGAACUUUGCCCUAGCCCCAGGGGGUGUCAAAAUACAUUUGAAGCAGCGGCACACUCACUUGCUUUUCUACUUGAACUUUUUUGUUUACGUUUACAAAUUCUUGACAAAGGGGACGUUCUUUUUGUAACUUAAUAAUGUCCUUCCUAUCCUUCAAUGUACAGUUUUAUUGGUCCUUAAAAAGGAAGGGGGGAGAACAAAAUCACAUCCCAUCGUUUUACAGUAGGUUUACAAUCUGGGAUGGAUAAAUGUUCACUGUAUAGGAUCUCCAACAUCCAUAUUUAUGUAAUAGUAACUGAAACAUACAGAAGCUGCUGAAUUUUUUCAUAUAAACUUCAGUACAGAUUGGAAAUUCUAGUAUCAUAUCAUGCUACAAAAAUUAUCUCCUUCAUAGACCCCAAGGGAUGAGCCAUUCUUAAAAGGAAGGAGGAGGAAACCUUCCCGGUAACACUGUCUCACAAAUAUGUUGUAGUAAAUGACCAGCUGAAACAAUGCAGAUGAAGAGCUACCAGCUUUAUCAAUAAAGUGCAUAGUAAAAGUUACUGCAGAGUAAAUCACCUGCUCACAUCAGCAUCUCUUCAUUUUAUUAUUGAGGCAUGUUGUACUCCUAGUCAAUAUUUAGCAAUGUGUUUUUAUUAAAAAACUCGUCAGAAUACUGGAAGAAGUUUAGAAGGAUUUUAAACAGUUUUUGUGUGGAUUAUAGAUUAUUUCACAAUUUUUGCAGAUUUUUAAUGGCAUUUUUUAAACAGUUUAAGUAUAAAUUUAUCUGUCUGUUAGUAAAUUCAUUGAUUUGAAAUUUCCUAAGAUCUCUUGACCUGUUUUAAGAUUUGUAGUAAAGGCAAUGUGAUUUUAGAUAGGCUCUUUUUUUUUUCCAAAAUCAAUAGUUACAGUUUAAAAUUAACCUUUUACUGAGGAUGACAGCAAUAGAAAAUAAUUACUACAGCAAUACGCAGAAACAAAGUGCUAAAUUUUUUUAGGUUUAUUAGCAGUCUGACUUUAAUUGCAGUGAUAAUCACCUGAGACAGUUCUCUCUCUGUUUAUCUACCUGUCAAUUUAUGUACCUUUUAAAUAUGGCUGAAACAGGAAUAUUUCUGCUCUCUGUGCAACUAGUAAAAGGUGAUGUUUUUAAGCAGCUGGUAAGGUCUUGCAUUUCUCACUUACGUGAGCGGUCCCAUCAGUAAAAUGAGGAUACGGUCAUUUAUCUUUCACGGAAAGCGUUCUUGCUGUGUGUGGAUGGCAAGUGUUACGCAGGUACUCAGCGUCAUGCAUUACUACUCAGUGAGUCAAGUUUUCUUCCAGCUGGUAUUUUUCAUGAGGAUUUACAUGCUCGGAUGGUUAAGGGUUGCAGAGACAGACCAUGGAGACAACAGUAUUCAAGGGAAAAGUUCUAAAUAAUGAAGGCAGAAGCCAGUUUUGCAGUGUUUAGUAAAGCUUUGACAAAAACACAAUGGACGUGAGAGUUUUGUCUCCGUGAGAUCUGCUGGAGCAAGUCCCCCAAAAUAUUUUUAUGGCAGGUAACCUUGGUGUAUUUCUGUACCUUUUUAGUGUCGCUCUCUUUGAUUGCAUGAGUAAAAGUUAGCGCUCUGCACACAGCUGCCUGUGGUUCAAUCAGCAAACGAGUCCAGUAAAUCCUUAACAUUUUGCAGUGGUUCUUAAAUUGUACCCUGCAGUUAAAUGGAAACAAACACUGGCCUAAGACUUAAAGAAUUCAGAAUGGGCCUAAAGGCCAUGAGAAAGAUCUCAAAUGUGCAAUAAUCCAUAGAGGUUCAGUAUUUUUUCCGUUGCUUCUUUCCCCAGUUCUUUAUUCUGUGACCUCUUAUACCUGUUAUUAUCUGUAAGGUUUUCAUUAAUUUCUAAAUAAUAUGUGUUUGUCUGUUGUUUUUCUAGCAUUAUUAUGCGUUUGACACAAACACAGAACAUGGAAAUCUAGCAAUGAUAUUAAUUUAUUACACAAUAUGGAAUUAGAACUUGCUCUUUUGUGGAGUUAAGUUCAGAACCUGUAGGUGUUUAAUAUACAUAUUUUUCUACAGAGAAAGUGACUUUACCUCCAGUAUGAAUAUAUGUGUUUCAACUCCCUCCCAGAAAUUUAAAAAAUUUGCACUGUUUUUUAAGUGUUGCAGACUGUGUUUACACUGGCUAUAUUCUUUAAUGCAAAGUGUAAUUAAAAAAAAAAAAACUAAAAGAAAACCUUGCAUGAAGAGAGUUGCAUAUGUUUAAAUGAAAAGCUGUACUUUUCAUUACUUUCCUUUUCACAUAACACUAAAAUCUGGUUAAUUCGCAUAGAAUGUUCAGCGAGAUUUUAAACCUGCUAGUUCUGUAUUAAGCAUGCCAACUCCAAAAAAAGAAAAAAAAAAUCCACUUUCCAGUUGGUCUGCUUCUUUUAUUUGCAAUGAUGAAAUAUGGGUAGCAGAUUCAUUUACCUGGUGACAGUAUGUCUUUAAGAGUAGUAGCUAUUCAAAAGCAAUCAUGUUUGCAUUGAGGUGACAUGAAAAGAACAGUUUUUCUCUCAUUUUGCAAAACACAUUGUGUAAUAUCUAUGUAUCUCUAUAUUUUAGUUAUAGAUGACAACUCACAAUCUGCUUUAAGAUUUCUAAGUGUGUAUUGAGUACUGCGAGAAUAUAUACAUAAAUCCGAACCGGCUGUACCCCU